AUGGCCCCACCCCCGCAGCCGAUGGCCAACAUGGCAGCGGCUCCGAAGGCUGACGCGCGACCUCCGCGCGAUAUGCAAGACCAACUGGCGCGCAUGCAGCCGCCGCCCGCGCCGGUGAAUGUGGGAGUCCCGGCACCCGGAGUGCCACCCCCGGCACCUGGCUUUGCUGCAGGGCCCCCAGGACCUCCUACAAACCAGGCCUCUACGCACGUCCCGCCGAUGCCGCCCAAUCUGAGCAAUGAGGACCAACAGAAGUUCCAGCAAAUCUAUGGGACCACGCCACAGGCCGCAAAGGCUCAGAGGGAGAAGUUUGGAUUGACGGGGAUCUUGGAGGUGGUUCGCAUGCACGACCCGCAUCUGAACACCUUGGCGUUGGGGAUGGAUCUCACAGCUCUGGGGCAAAUGAAUUUCCCGGAUGCCUUCCACCUCAAUGCUGGGAUCGAACUCCCUCCAACGCGGCGAGAACCCGACUACAACUUGCCACAGAGCUAUUUCUCGAGCCCUCCGGCCCUGAAGCAGUCGCAUGUGAGCAAGUUCAGUGGUGAGACCCUCUUCUACAUGUUCUACAACAUGCCGAAGGAGAACCACCAGGUGUGGACCACGCUUGUGGACAGUCCUACAAGCACGCAAUUGCAACGGGUGGAAAAACUGACUCGAUAUUUGAUCUAUGACUUGGGUCUGAGACAUGCGAGUGAACCCACAUGUGCUAUGAUAGGAGCCAUGGUUGCUAGGUACGAACAGGAUCCGGCACGACAGAGUGCUUUGCUUCAGACCGUGAAGGCUUGCCUGAAGACGCAUUCCUUGCGUGCCAUUCAGGCAGGGCGGUCUUUGCCAGGAAAUCAAUAUUUAGAGGUUUUGCCAGGCACGUUUGAUGAAUUGCCGGAGGCAGUGCGAAAUCAUUUCGGGCUUGGUGCCUUUUCUGCAAUUCCCGUGUCGGUGGAUGCGGAAGCGGUUGCAUCCUUGGCAAGGAUGUAUCCGUUACGGAGCACCAACCGACAGAUGGCGCUGCAGAGGCAGCUGAACCAGCAAGCCAUUGGUCUUGGCUCGAUGGGGGUUUCGCCAGCUGGAGGUUCUGUCGCUGCCGCUCAAGCAGUCAUGAUGUUGGCAUCGAUGUUGCCACUGCAGGGCAUGGCCAAUCAGUUGGCAGCACAAAGAUCCGAUGGUGGUUUAACGAACUUGCAGAUUUUGAACACAGCGCCAGCGCAAGCGGCUCCUGCAUUCUGCAGCAUCUGGCCUGCGGAGCAGAGUAGUGCUGCUCCUUUGGCAUCUCCAGCGGUGGAGCCCCCGCAAUGCAGCUCAGAGCAUCAGCCGCCGACGUCCGCGGCUGUGGAAAAGUCUUUGGAACAGGACUCGUUGGAAACGGCUCCGAGCAGCGUUGCAGACGCUGUGUCAGCAUUGGCGAAAGCACAUUAUAAAGCGGUUUUGCCUGCUGAGGGUGAGGAGCCAUUGCCACCGAAGAGGCGGGGACGGCCGCCUUUGAAAAGGCCUGCGUCGGCUGCUGCACAGGGGUCGCUGACCAAGAAGUCAGAUGCUGCAGCCGCGAAGUCCGUUUCUGUGGCAGCUUCUGCUUCUACAGGGUCUGUGAAGAAACCAGCUGUGAGUGCCAAAGGGAAAGCUAUGAAGAAGUUGCAUCCGUCCGCCAAGGGAUCCAAAGGCAAGGAUCGCUUCAGCAAGGGGGGGAUGAAGGUCACGCAAGCGCAGCGAAUGAAGCAGCGUCCGGAUGGCUGCAGCCGCUGCCGCUAUACUCGUGGAUUUAUCGCGGCUUCUACUACGGGAUCUUCUGCCAUGGAAGUUAAAGGCAUCACGACCGUGACAUUGACUGAUGGUUCGGUUGAAGCGGUGAGUGGAGCGAAGAAGGUGACAUUCAAGAUGAUCACUCUGGAUGAUCAUUGGGAAGAGCAGAAGUUGUUGGAAACGCCGGCUACGCCCAUGGAGUUGUGUUCUGACUCGUCUGGGACGCAGCAGGUGGGUCCAACGCAAUUGGACGAGGUGCCAAAGACCCCGUUGGAUGCCGUGGUGUCGACAGCGACGCCUCAGGAGCCUCACUCGCAAUUGGCUGGCUGGCGUCGCACUGUGCACAGCGCAGCGCGUGAGUGCAUGCAGGAGAUUCAAGAGCGUGUGGCGCUUGCUGAAGUCUACAAUAAGCUUGAAGAUUAUCCGAUUUACACGAAGUUGGUGGAUCUUUGCGAUGGACUGCGGUCAGAUCCCACUUUCGACAAGAGUCACGCGCACGAGACCUUGCGUCUUGCGCGCAUGUACUUGUAUUUGUGUGACUUGGAAUCAGACGAAGAGGCUUAG